UUAAGGAUAUGGGAUUGCUUUCUGCUAGAAGGACCAAAAGUUUUAUUUCGAUUUUGCCUCGGAAUACUGUACCUGCAGGAAGAAGCAAUUUUAGCUAAGCAUGAUACUGUAUCUAUAAUGAGACAGCUAAAAGCAGCUGCUAAACUGUGUUUCGAUGUAGAUGGCCUCAUAUCGGCUGCUUUCGAAGAAUUGGAACCUUUCCCGAAACGAGAUGAGUUAUGGAGAAAGCGAGAAGCCUUCCAUAAUGCUGCCAAGCGUAGAGCAGAACAGAAAGAGAGAGAACUAAGUGCUAUAAGAGAGAGAGACAGAGUGGUAUUUUUCAGUGCAAAUAUUGCCUUCCCUUUUACUCAAAUCCCUUUUUCAUUUCUCCCCUACCAUUCCAUAUUUCAUAAAAUUCUUCCCCUUUCUAUGGGUGAUUAAACGGGGACUGACUCUGAAAUGUCGUUCUUUUUCAUUUC